AUGGGUGAAAGGAGAACCGUUAAAAUAGUUAUGGUAGGUGAUGGUGCUGUUGGAAAGACUGCCCUUUGUAGUACAUUUGUUAAUAACCAAUUUCCACAAGAUUAUAUUCCAACAGUUUUUGAUAACUUUUCACGUUUAGAAACAGUUGAUGGGGAACAAGUAACUAUGAGUAUUUGGGAUACAGCUGGUCAAGAAGAAUAUGAUCGAUUACGACCAAUGAGUUAUCCUGAUACCAAUAUGCUAAUAAUUUGUUUUGCAAUAGAUUCAAAAAGUUCAUUUGUAAACAUUAGUCAACGUUGGAUACCAGAAAUCAAACACUUUUGCCCUGACGUACCUUUUAUACUUGUUGCAACUAAAUCAGACCUUAGACAAUCUCAAAGCACAAUAGAAAAACUACGAAAUGAGGGAAAAGCAUUAAUAACUGAAGAGGAAAUAAAAAGUUAUUGUAAAAAAUUAAAGGCUGCUGGGUAUAUAGAAUGUUCAGCUCUUGAAAACAAAAAUGUUGGAGAGCUUUUCUAUGAGGCUGUGAGAAAAACAAAACCAAAAUUACAUAAAGAUAAAAAGAAGAAAGGAGGACUCUUUGGUAUCUUUAAAAAAAAGUAA